AUGGCUCUUUGGAAGGUGAAGUUUGAUUUGAAAAAAAGGGUAAAGUUGGCCCAGAUGCUAUGGCUCAUGUAUUGGGUGUCUAUCAUGGCUGGAGUGCUUGUCUUCAGCAUGGGCCUUUUCUUCAAAAUUGAACUGCGGAAGAAAAGUGAGCUAAUGGACUACAAGGAAAGCCACUUUGUGCCCAACCUGCUAAUUUGUAUGGGUCUGUUAACCUGCGGCAUCAGUGCCUUUGGUGGCAAGAUCUGCUAUGACUCAUUGGAUUCCUCCAAGUUUACAACGUGGAAGAGAUUUAUUAAUCCAUUCCUUAUCUGCUGUUUGCUCUUCAAUGCUAUCCUCUUGUUCACUGCACUGUUGUGCUUCACCAUGCGCAUCCCUCUACAGUUUACCCUGGCAGAAGGCCUGCAGAAUGGCAUGAAAUUCUACAAGGACUCAGAUGUACCUGGUCGCUGCUACAUGAAGAGAACUCUGGACUUAAUGCAGAUGGAGUUUCAUUGUUGUGGAAACAACAACUACAAAGACUGGUUUGAGAUCCAGUGGAUUAGCAAUCGCUACUUGGAUUUCAGCUCUAAAGAGGUCAAAGACCGAAUCAGCAGCAAUGUUGAUGGACAAUAUUUGUUGGACGGAGUCCCUUUCAGCUGCUGUAAUCCCAGCUCACCAAGGCCCUGCAUUCACUAUCAAAUCACCAACAAUUCUGCUCACUAUAGUUAUGACCACCAUACUGAAGAACUGAACAUCUGGACACGUGGCUGUAGGGAAGCUUUAGUUGUUUACUAUGGAGGACUGAUGAACACUAUUGGCCUACUGGUGUUAUUUGUUACAAUUCUUGAGGUUGCUGUGAUGGUAGGAUUACAGUAUGUGAACACAUCUCUAUCCACACUGGUCAACCCAGAAGACCCUGAAAGUGAAAGUGAGGGUUGGAUCCUGGAGAAAACAUUCAAGGAAACCUUCACAGAUGUCAUAGUAAAAAUGAAGGCAAUGGGAAAAAACAAUCAGGUGCAAGAGGGGGUGGAAGUACAGGCAGUGUCUACAGUGAGCUGAAUGUGCUUAUGGAACAUUGACUACUCCGUUCCUACCAAAGUAGAGACUGCAUAUUUGGCAUUAUACAGCAUGAAGAUCCAUUUUAUGUGGUUUAAUAUAAUUAGUAAAUGUCUCUCCAUGCUAUUUUACCUGGAAUCAAAUGGUUUUCAAACGUUUUACUUUUUCCAUACUAUAUAUUUUGAAGACAUCAAUUAUUAGCUAUAAUCCAUUACAAACAUAGUAAGCAUUAGCUGGCUUUAAAAUGCAAAACAGAUAGCAUAACCGUAUCAAUUCUUAAUGAAUUAACAUACAAAACACCACAAAACAAACACUGGAAUUUUCAAAUAUAUAUACGAAUAUGACCUGAACAAAUGACAUACAUUAUACUUUAACUUAUAUUUUGUGUCCCUUGUAUAGAAAGACAGCACACUGCAAAUAAACCAAAUCAUGUCCUGAUCAGAGUAAUGCAAUGCAGUGUAUUGCAAAUUAGUGAGGUAAUUUUGAAGAAAACGUUCCAAGAAAUAAGUUACACAUAUCAUCCUUUGCGUCUGUGUUCUGUAGUGAGCAAUGCUGGUUUAACAUGAAGAAUGAACUUGGCUCAUUUGCUUAACAGCACAUACAAAUCAGGUAAAACCGAUCAUAGAAGUCUCUCUCAUAUCUUUUAAAUAACGUACCUACUGUAGAUAGUCAGGUUUAGCCGGUUAAAUAUUUCCGUGGUGCUAACAUAGUGAAUUAAAAUACAGAAAUUGUUUAAAUAGGUCUACUUUUUGG